AUGUCUCCAACACUUCCACCUCAACCCGCCCAAGCUACGCCUCUUCCUGGUAUGCUUGGCCCUAGCAACGAAGAGGUCUUCCAGGCCCAGAUUCAGGAAGCACUUGCUCCAGUCCUCUCGGAACUCUCGGCCCCUCUGCCGACAGACCUUAAGAUCCAUGCAAACGAGCGUGUUAUCAAGGAUCUAACUAAAAACCCAACCAUCAAGGACAUGCAAGUGGGUGCUCGUGUUCCUGUCGCAAAACCAAUGGAGCCCGAGGAUCGAAAAGCUCUUGCCAAUAUGCUGACACGUGAACUUGACAACUUCCUGGAGUGUCAAGCUUUGUAUGAGCCAGAGGAUAUUACGAGUGUCCCGCUCAACAAAGACAUCAAAUCUCAGGUCCAGGCCAGUGGAGAUGUCGGUGGUCAAGGCGAAGUUGCCGUAGAGAAACGUAGCACCACCGACCAGACGCUCACCGUCGGUGAGGCUUGUCGUCGUCUUGGGCUCCGGAAAGACCCAGUCACCCAUCUCCCUCUGGUUGAGCCUGGAGAUAGUUCUGGCAGACCACCAUUUUCUCUACGGCCUUGGCAAGCGCCGGGCAUAGAGUGGAUGAUGGCGCAAGAGUCUGAACCUAUACGGGGCGGAAUUGUCGCUGAUGGAUAUGGCCUGGGAAAAACCCUUAUGGCGUUAACGCUGAUUUUCCUCGAUGCCAAGCGUCGGGCUCUGGAUCCAAAUGCCGUCUUCCGUCCAACUCUGAUUGUUGUUCCGAGCUGGAUAUUCCAUAUCUGGUUUGAUGAGAUCACGGUACGGUUCGGUAAUGCCAUCAAGCUUCACCUUUUCUAUGGAUGGCAAGAAAUCCUCCCUGACCCGGUAUCGACGCCUAACUUUCUUCUUGGCGCUGAGGCGGACAAGCUCGAUAAGUUGGCGAAAGCGAUUGCUGCUCUGGAUUCCAGGAGCUCUCAUACAGCAUUUACUGUAUUUCUCACCACUUACAACACCUGGCGAAGGUCCCAAGGUGAGAUAGAGGAUGCGUUAUUACGUCGUAGCAAUAAGAGGAGAGAAGUUCGGUGGAUAGGCCACCGCUCGUUUUAUCAGGGCAGUGACGAACCUCAAACUCGAUACGACCGUUUCUAUAAGACCGGUGAUGAGUCUGACGACGAAGAUGAAGAAAGCACCACCCAUAUUCCGAUGCUUACAGGCCACACUGUCAAGGAAGACGCGGUUUCAACAGAGGCGAGUAGCCCUCCUCCGGCAAAGACAAAGGCCGAGAAAACCAAGGCCGAGAGAGAAAAGGAGAAGAAAGCCCGCGCAAAGCAACGCUGGAUGGAAAUAUACAAGCUGGUUAGCAGUAUCCACUGGGGUCGAAUUAUCUGUGAUACAGGCAGCUAUCUCAAAUCGACGUUUACCCAACGACAUCACGCCAUAGCCAAGCUUACGCGAGAGAGCACCUGGUUACUCGACGCUGCUCCGAUUCGCAAUAACCUUUUGGACACCUUGGGCUAUGUGAGCAUUCUGUCCAAAUCCAUUCCCGAGUGCAAGAAAUUCGGGAACGGUCGCUUCAUUCUUCCUUUGCCCCCCGGCCUUGAAGAAGGGGAAAGACUCGAGAAUACAAUCGAUUACUAUCGAAAAUGGUCUGAAAUUGACCAAAUUCCACCAGAAGCGCGCCCUUAG